AUGUUACAAUACUGGCAUAGCCGGCCUUUAGUCUAUAGAGAAACGCCGGAAUACUGCCUAGAAGAAUUCGAUAUGUUGGAUACAGUAGGCACAGGAACUUUUGGUCGAGUGUAUUUAGCUAAAUGUGGAAGAAAUGAUCAGUAUUAUGCCAUCAAGGUCCUAAAAAAGACUGAAAUCGUUCGAAUGAAGCAAGUUGAACAUAUCAAUUCCGAGCGACUUGUUCUCUCCAAAGUGAAUUUUCCAUUUAUCGUCGAUCUUUACUGCACAUACCAAGACGCAAAUAAUCUAUACAUGCUUCAGGAAUACGUCAUAGGUGGAGAACUCUUUUCACAUUUAAGAAAGGCAGGAAGGUUUACCAACGAAAUGACUAGGUUCUACGCAUCCGAGAUCUUGCUGGCCAUAGAGUAUCUCCAUGCAAAAGACAUGAUAUAUCGAGACCUAAAGCCUGAAAAUCUCUUAUUGGACUCCAAUGGACACAUUAAAAUUACAGACUUUGGUUUUGCAAAGAAAGUAGACGAUAGAACUUGGACUCUAUGUGGUACACCAGAGUACCUUGCGCCUGAGAUUAUUACGAGUAAAGGUCAUUCUAAAGCCGUCGACUGGUGGGCUCUGGGUAUUUUGAUCUUUGAAAUGUUGGCAGGAUACCCUCCCUUUUUCGAUGAUAAUCCUUUUGGUAUCUAUGAAAAAAUUCUUGGAGGCAAGCUCCGGUUCCCAUCCCACUUUGAUCCUACUGCAAAGGAUCUAGUUAAGAAAUUACUGACGUCGGAUAGAAGCAAACGUCUCGGCAAUCUCAAGGGAGGAGCUGACGAUAUCAAAAAACAUAAAUGGUUCCGAGGCGUAGAUUGGCAAGGACUUUUAAACAAGACUGUGCAGGCACCGAUUGUCCCACCUUAUCAACACCCAGGCGAUACUUCUAACUUUGAGAAAUAUGCUGAUCCAGAACCGGAUCAGAACCAGAAUGGCGAUUUAGACCCAUAUAGACAUUUAUUUCCAGGAUUUUGA